AUGAGAGCACAUUACGUCCUGCUGGCCUCCUUGUCCCUGCUGAUAGUCGCCACCGGAGCGGCCAAUAUCAGAUCGACGACUGGAAACGACCUUUACCGUCGCGUUGUCUGCAGCAAUAAGCCGAAUGGCUUCCGUGCUCUGCAGCCCGGCAGCUGCUCGGUGUACUACGAGUGCGUUGGUGGUGUCGCCGUGCAGAAAGCCUGUGCCCGUUUCUUUGAUUCAAAGAGCCAGCAGUGUGUCAGCUACAAUACGGGCUGCACCGAGGUGAAGCAGUUGUCGGACACGAAAGCUAUUGGCGGCAGUGCGGUGACAGCAGCAGCACCUUGCGACACCACCACACCACCAUGUGAAGAAACAACAACCACAAGUUGUACGUCACCAACUACCACGACGUGCACCACCACCACAGAUGCAACAACCACUUGCACGACACCAACGACAACCACAAGCACCACAACUAGUACUAAAACAACAACACCAACAACCACUACUACAAAAACAACAACUACUACAACAACCACUUGCACCACACCAACAACAACCACUACAACAUCAACCACCACAACAACUACCACUACUACAACAUCAACCACCACAACAACCACCACUACUACAACAACAACCACUACAACAACAACCACCACAACUACUACAACAACCACUUGCACCACACCAACAACAACCACUACAACAACAACUACCACUACUACGACAACCACCACUACAACAACAACAACCACUACAACAACAACAACAACCACUACUACAAAAACAACUACUACUACAACAACCACUUGCACCACACCAACAACAACCACAAGCACCACAACUACUACUAAAACAACCACAACAUCAAGCACUACUACAAAAACAACUACUACUACAACAACCACUUGCACUACACCAACAACAACCACAAGCAUCACAACUACUACUAAAACAACUACAACUACAACAACCACAACUACAAAGACAACUACUACUACAACAACCACUUGCACCACACCAACAACAACCACAAGCACCACAACUACUACUAAAACAACUACAACUACAACAACCACAACAACAAGCACUACUACAAAAACAACUACAACUACAACAACCACUUGCACGACACCAACAACAACCACAAGCACCACAACUACUACUAAAACAACAACACCAACAACCACAACAACAACUACCACUACUACGACAACCACCACUACAACAACAACAACCACAACUACAAAAACAACUACUACUACAACAACCACUUGCACCACACCAACAACAACCACAAGCACCACAACUACUACUAAAACAACUACAACUACAACAACCACAACAACAAGCACUACUACAAAAACAACUACUACUACAACAACCACUUGCACCACACCAACAACAACCACAAGCACCACAACUACUACUAAAACAACUACAACUACAACAACCACAACAUCAAGCACUACUACAAAAACAACUACAACUACAACAACCACUUGCACUACACCAACAACAACCACAAGCACCACACCAACAACAACCACCACUACUAAAACAACAACCCAUACUUCUACACCAACAACAACCACUUGCACCACACCGGAAACAACAACAUGCACAUCCGCUCCAACAACCCCCUGCACAACCCCUAAAACCACAACUUGCACAACAGUGACAACAACCGCUUGUGCAAACUUUGCCAAUGUCCACGCCCCCGCUGCCACAGCCACGCCCACGGUUAACGGCAGUCGCAAGCGCGCCUUUAGCAAUCCGCACAUCCCCUCCGCCCCGCUGCUCGGCCCCGACGGCCGCCGCCUCCAGCCGCAUCUCUACUACUACGACGAGUCCCGUUCCGGUCGCAGCUCCUUCUGCGUCGACGAAUCCCUCUGGCCCGUGGCCGGCCAAAUCGCAGCCAGCGACGGCGAUCUAUAUACGACGCCCGCCGCCACCGCCGGCGAUCCAGAGGAUCCGGAGGAGGCCAGCGAUCAGUUCUCGCCGACGCUCUAUGGCCGACUCGCGCCCAGCCGGGCCAUACCCAUACCCAGCCACAGCAGCAGCAGCGCCGGCAACAGUCCACAGCAUCAGCAUCCGCUCCACCAUCAGCAUCCGCUGCACCAGCUCCAUCAGCUCCACCAUCAGCAUCCGCUGCACCAGCUCCACCAUCAGCAGCGCUCCCUGAGCAGCGGCUCGGCUGCGCCAGCUGCGGCAGCGGCAGCGGCGGCGGCGGCAGCAGCAGCUGCUGCCGUUGGCUACAUGGCGUUCAGUGCCAGCCCCACGGGAUUCGUGCACGCCUACUCGCCCUUCUAUGGCAGCUCGCCGGAUGCCCUCGGCUCGUACAGCUAUGAUCCGGCAUUUGGGCCUGGAAUUCAUCGGUUGCAGGUGCCGCGCGAGGCGGCCGCAAGACGUCCACGCUCGCCGCUGGAUGGCGCCACGGUGAUGGCUGUCAACAGGUCGGUGCUGGUUAUUAAAUGA